AUGCAAUUCGCAAUCUUUGUCAGCCUUGCUAUCUUAGCCGUCGGGGUGGUUUCCAGUCAAGGGCUUGAGGGCACUAUGGAGCAUAACAGUCUUCUCCGCCGCACUCCAACGUACACUGGUCCAAGAGCGCCUGAGAGCUCAAGUACUGUUAGUCGUCGUCGUAAUGGCAUUGUGAAUGAACCCAAUUUUCUUCGCCGCACUCCAACGUACACUGGUCCAAGAGCGCCUGAGAGCUCAAGUACUGUUAGUCGUCGUACUGCCCAUGCGAAUCAAUCUUAG